AUGGGUCAGCUGCCACCCGAACGCGUGCGUCCCUCUAGACCUUUUGCAUCGGCCGGGGUCGACUACGCCGGCCCCCUGCGUAUUAGGGCUCACAAGGGACGAGGACACACCUCCGCCAAAGGCUACAUUUGCCUCUUUAUCUGUUUAGCCACUCGAGCGAUUCACCUGGAGGCCGUAUCAGACCUGUCGGCGUCGGCUUUUAUUGCAGCAUUUCGCCGAUUCACUGCUCGUCGAGGUCGGUGUCGCCUGCUGCUUAGCGACAAUGCCACUAACUUUCGUGGAGCGGACGCUGAAUUGAGGGCCAGAUUUCGAGCCGCCUCCGAAUUCUAUAGGGAGGCCGGCGAGGUGUUGGCCAACGACAGGACCGAAUGGAAGUUCAUUCCACCGCAGGCCCCUCAUUUUGGGGGCCUCUGGGAGGCGGGAAUUGAGGCCUGUCUUAAUUCAAGGCCGCUAAGCCCCCUGAGCACGGACGCGGCGGAUCUGGUGGCGUUGACGCCUGGGCACUUCCUGGUGGGCGAGGCGCUCGGGAAUGUACCAGAGGUUCCGGAGUCCGAUCUCCAUCCCACCUCGCGCUGGCGGUUGAUCUCCGCGAUUAAGGAGUCAUUUUGGAAGCGGUGGCAUGAGGAAUAUCUGCAUCAACUGCAGCAGCGCUCCAAAUGGACCCGAGAGCGGAUCAACCUCACGCCGGGCACCAUGGUGUUGGUGAGGGACGAGCUGCUGCCGCCGGCUAAGUGGCCACUAGGUCGGAUUACUCAAGUCUUCCCGGGACCGGACGGAUGCGUGCGCGUGGCAACGAUCCGCACGGCGGCGACGGAGCUGAAGAGGCCCGUCACUAAGCUCUGUCCUCUCCCAAUCGCCACGGAUCUGGGUCCUCUCGGAGCAGCGAACGAGCCGCCUGAUGCGGUGCUGCCCUGA